AUGCUUAACUUCAAUAAUAACGUUGUUUCCGUUAAUUACCUUCGUUCCCACAACGAUCUCUCCCCUACGGCAUCACUAUGCCAGGAGCAAGCACUGUCCCAACAGCAUGACCCGUCAGCUACUCCGAUGACGCGUCUAUCCCCACUCGGUUCUGUGUCUCCACCCCCCGGAUCGGCAGUGCACAGUCUCCACCUACUUCAUUCAAUACCCCCUCCGCCUCAGCAGCACACUGUUCAAGAUCAAAGUGCAAUGAGAUCCCAAGCAUCAGUCAAGCUGGAGGUUGAUCAAGAUCCUAUGAUGAGCCUCGAUAGUCAACAAGAUGUCCACCUUUCUCAUCUCCAACCUAUAAAGAGAGAGAUGAGUCCUACUCUUAUGGCUCCAAGCUAUACCAGAAUGGAAUCAGCUUCUCUUUUAAACCAUAGUGUUGAUCACCACUCGCCCAAUAACAACAGUUUGAGCAGUUUUGAUAUUCCUGAGGUUCCCAUACUGCAAGCACUUGAUCCCAUCGAUAGCCAUGUCUCUCAUAUAUCUUCUAUUCAAACCAUGUCUGGAUACCCAAGCUCUAUGAAAGGCAAAAUUAAUGGCUCCAUAACUGCAUCUAAUCAAAUGAUGGAUCUUGCUCAACCUGGCGUUAGUCGAAUGAUGUCCCAUCCCUAUAAAUCCCAAAAAGUUCCGUUGAGCAAUUCUCAUUACCGCUCUAUUAAGCCAAAGGCUUCUGCUUCUCCUAGAGAACCUGGAGAGGAAACAGAGAAUCAACCUCAAAUUGAAGUCAUACCGUGCAAAGUCUGCGGAGAUAAAUCGUCAGGAGUUCAUUAUGGAGUUAUUACUUGUGAAGGGUGUAAGGGAUUCUUUCGAAGAAGUCAAUCUUCUGUUUGUAAUUACCAAUGCCCACGCCAGAAAUCGUGUACAGUUGAUAGAGUAAAUAGAAAUCGUUGUCAAUAUUGCCGCCUUAAAAAAUGUCUCGAAUUAGGAAUGAGCAGGGACGCUGUCAAAUUUGGAAGAAUGAGCAAAAAGCAGAGAGAAAAGGUUGAGGAUGAGGUGCGGUUGCAUAAGCAAAUGGCUGAAGCGAAUGGACUUCCGUUCCAGGGUUAUCCAGAGUACUCUCCUCCAUCCCAACAGCAGCAGCAGCAACAACCCACAUACAACCAAGGAUACGAGUAUGGUCUCUAUCCUCAUUAUGCGCCGAAUGCUUAUGCUCAUGCUGUAGCCGCUGCACCAGUCAACUAUCCAGCUCAACCAGGAUAUGGUAUUCCAUUACAAGCCUCUGUUCCUGCUGAGGAAGAUAGUUGUUCCAAGCUAGGACAAGCUUUCGAAUCUACACACACAUAUUUACAGCCACCACCAGAUUUCUCAAGGCCUGUAGAUAUCCAGAGAUUCGCAUCAAUUAACAAGCGAGAUGCUUGGAAGGAAAUCGCAACUGACCUCACAAAAGUUAUUCAAUGUGUUAUCGAAUUCGCUAAGAUGGUUGAUGGCUUCAUGAGAAUAGCACAAGAACAGCAGAUCCAGCUAUUAAAAAAUAAUGUUUUUGAAAUGGCAUUGUUAUCGUUAUCAGCUUGUUACUCUUGCCAGAAUAAUUGUUUAGUCUUUGGAAAUAAGGCAUUACCUUAUUAUGCUAUCCCAGUGAAAGAAGGAGAUUCUGAGAUUGCUUUGAUUGUUGAUGUUUUUGGAGUAUUACAUGAUGUGUCCUCUCUUCAACUUAACACAUCAGAAUUAGCUAUGCUCUCAGUUAUUGUAUUAUUAGAGAACUCAGAAGCUCAGUCAGAGACUGUUGAAAAGAUGAGGACGACUCUGUCGAACUCUUUAGUGUCGAAAAAUGGAAAUUUAGCUACAUACACUAAGCUUAUGGAUGUUAUACCACGAUUAAGAGGAGUUUCACAGAGUCAUAGAGGCUUGUUAUUGCGAUUCAAGGAGGAACAUCCUACCGCUGAAUUGCCAGCUCUAUACAAAGAACUCUUUUCUGAGUUAUCGUAA